AUGAAGUUCACCGGUUUCGCUGUUUCCCUCGCCCUUGCUGGUGUUGUCUCUGCGGGUGUCAUCCCUGCUGCCUCCAACAUCGACGGCACUGUUGCCGGCACUGAGGGCGCGGCUGUUGGAGCCGUCGCUCCCGUGACCGACAGCACCGGUCACAUCGUUGACGAUGCGACCCACUCCGUCCGCGGUCUCGGUGGUGCCAUCAAGCGCGAUGCCGGCAACGAGGUCGGCGCCGCCACCCAGGCUCUCCCCGGCGCUGUCAACGGUGCCACUGGCAUUGCUGGCAGCGCUGUCGGUACGACCGAGAGCACUGUCUCGGGUGCCGCUGGCACCGUUGAGGGCACUGUUGCGGGCCUUGGUUCUCACAAGCGCGAUGAUCUGGGUGGCGCUGUUAGCGGCGCGGGUAACACCGUUGACAGCACUGUCGGAAGUACCGUCGGCAGCACUGUUCCUGCCGCUGUUUCCGGUAUGUUCAACUUCGCCGGAGAGAUACGGGGCGAAGACGACUAA